AGAAAUCCGUCAAGAUGGUCAAGAAGAGGGCGAACAACGGUCGCAACAAGAACGGCCGCGGCCACGUCAAGCCCGUGCGCUGCUCCAACUGCGCUCGGUGCACUCCCAAGGACAAGGCCAUCAAGAGAUUCACCAUCCGCAACAUGGUUGAGUCCGCUGCCAUCCGUGAUAUCUCUGACGCCUCCGUCUUCACCGACUACGCCGUCCCCAAGAUGUACCUGAAGCUGCAGUACUGCGUUUCCUGCGCCAUCCACGGCAAGAUCGUUCGUGUCCGUUCCCGGGAAGGUCGCCGCAACCGUGCUCCCCCUCCCCGUAUCAGGUACAACAAGGACGGCAAGAAGCUGAGCCCCCCUCAGGCCGCCAAGGCUAUGUAAGGAAGGAAUAACCAAAAGACGAGAAAAAAUGGAAUUAGUUUAGGGGCCUUCAAUGUUGCUUCUUAUUUUUUCUUUUGUGUUAUGAACAGAAUUCUUUACACGGAUCAAAUGGAAUGAAUGGGUUUCAGUUUCGG